CACCGCUGUGUCUGUCACACUCUCAACUCUUCACUCCACAACUCUAAGACAACUCGACAACGAGUCAACAUGACAAGCAACAGCAGCAACAGCAACAUGCGUGUCAUGGCAGCCCUGUGCACCAUCGUCAUCCUCAGCACCUUCAUCCGCAGCACACAGUCCACAGGAAAUUGCUGCUUGAUGUACACCAAGCGCCCCUUGUCGUGCAGACGGUUGCUGGAUUACACCGUCCAGACCAUAAACACGUCGUGCGACAUCAACGCCAUCAUCUUCCACCGUCCGGGGAGGUUUGUGUGCGCUGACCCUUCAAAGAGAUGGACUCAGAGAGCAAUGAAGUGUGUGGAUGACAUGAAGAAAAGAAUAGCUCAGAUCACCAAGGAGAAAAUACUACAAUAAACUGAGCUGAAUAUAUAACUUUAUUCUACUCAUUCCAGCACCAAAAGAAAUAAAUAAUCUAAUCCUAGAUAUUUUAUAUAAUACUGUAUGUGUAUGAUUUUUGUGUUACGCAUUUUAGUGUUCUGUUUCAUAAACAGGGAAGUGUAGUGGCUAAAGCUACGAUGCAUUGUUUUUAUUUAAAUUUCUUCUUUUAAUUUUUUUUCUUUUACAUUUUAUUGUAACUUACAUAUGAAUUUAUUAAAAAAACAA